GCGACGUGAGCUCUCAUCAACAAUGGCGGCCUCCACUGGAACCUUCGCCGUCAAGGCUGGCAUGGCCCAAAUGCUCAAGGGCGGCGUCAUCAUGGACGUCGUCAACGUUGAGCAGGCUCGCAUCGCCGAGGAGGCGGGCGCCUGCGCCGUCAUGGCGCUCGAGCGCGUCCCGGCCGACAUCCGGAAGGACGGCGGUGUCGCGCGCAUGUCGGACCCCAAGAUGAUCAAGGAGAUCAAGGCGGCGGUGACCAUCCCGGUGAUGGCCAAGUCGCGGAUCGGUCACUUCGUGGAGUGCCAGAUCCUCCAGGAGAUCGGCGCCGACUACAUCGACGAGUCGGAGGUGCUCACGAUGGCGGACGAGGACAACCACACAAACAAGCACAAGUUCACGGUGCCCUUCGUGUGCGGGUGCCGCAACCUGGGCGAGGCGCUGCGCCGCGUGGCGGAGGGCGCCGCCAUGAUCCGCACCAAGGGCGAGGCGGGCACCGGCAAUGUGGUCGAGGCGGUGCGGCACGCGCGCACCCUCCUCCGCGAGAUCAAGAAGGUCCAGUCGAUGGACGAGGACGAGCUCUACACGUACGCGAAGGAGAUUGGCGCGCCGCACCACCUCCUCAAGCAGACCGCCGAGGUUGGCCGCUUGCCCGUCGUCAACUUCGCGGCGGGCGGCGUCGCGACGCCUGCCGACGCCGCGCUGAUGAUGCAGCUCGGCAUGGACGGCGUCUUUGUCGGCUCCGGCAUCUUCAAGUCGGACAACCCCGCCAAGCGCGCGCGCGCCAUCGUCGAGGCGGUGGCAAACUACAACGACCCGAAGGUGCUCGCGCGCGUGUCGGAGGACCUCGGCGCUCCGAUGGUCGGCAUCAACUGCGAGGACAUGACCGUCAGCUACGCGGCGCGCGAGGGCGGCAACAACGCCGCCGCGCCCGCCGCCGCCAACGGCAAGUCGCCCCACGGCACCUGGUGAGGGGCGGAAAAAAAAGGAGGGCGGAGCGCGGGAGCAUCGUUGCUCUUCCCUCCCUCCCGCCCUCCUUUUCUCCGACCUUCUAGCGCGCGUCCGCGAUAAGUACUAAGACGUAUGAGAGCCAGAGGCUGCAGAGCGAGAUGUGUAUGUUGAGUGUGCACUUGAUGGGAUGAGCCACGGCGCGCGAGCGUGGCGCGUGCCGGCGUCCACUCUGUACGCCGGAAUGUUAUCUAUUA